AUGAGCAUAGAGACGCUACUGGAGGCGGCCCGCUUCCUGGAAUGGCAAGCGCAGCAACAACAGAGAGCACGUGAGGAGCAGGAGCGGCUUCGCUUGGAGCGCGAGCGGGAGCAGGAGCAGAAGAAGGCUAGCAGUCUGGCCAGGUUGGCCCAUGCCCUGCCGCUGGAGGAACCCCGCAUUGAGGCACCACCCCUGCCUCUUUCUCCUCCGGCACCCCCACCGGCACCCCCGCCCCCACUUCCCCCCCCCACCCCACUGACUGUUAUCCCCAUCCCUGUAGUGACCAACUCCCCGCAGCCACUACCCCCGCCUCCACCACUGCCCCCCACAGCUCAGUCUCUGCCCCUGGUGCCUCGCCAGCCAGCCCUGGUCAGCCCCCCUGGACUCAGCAUUAAGGAGCCUGCCCCUCUGUCUACCAGGCCACACGUGCCCACUCCUGCCCCCCUACUGCCGGACUCGAAGACCACCAUUCCGCCCACUGGUAGCCCCAAACCCUUGCAGCCCCUCCCCACACCCAUCCUGACCAUAGCACCACACCCUGGAGUCCAGCCCCAGCUGGCCCCUCAGCAGCCACCCCCACCCACGCUUGGGACCCUAAAGUUGGCACCUGCUGAAGAAGUCAAAUCCAGCGAACAAAAGAAGAGGCCAGGGGGGAUCGGCACCAGAGAAGUCCACAACAAAUUGGAGAAGAACAGGAGGGCCCAUCUGAAGGAGUGCUUUGAGACCUUGAAGCGCAACAUCCCCAAUGUGGACGACAAGAAGACAUCGAAUCUGAGCGUGCUCCGGACGGCGCUGCGGUAUAUCCAGUCCCUGAAGAGGAAGGAGAAGGAGUACGAGCACGAGAUGGAGCGGCUGGCGCGGGAGAAGAUCGCCACCCAGCAGCGGCUGGCGGAGCUCAAGCACGAGCUGAGCCAGUGGAUGGAUGUGCUGGAGAUCGACCGCGUGCUGCGGCAGACGGGCCAGCCCGAGGACGACCAGGCCUCCACCUCCACCGCCUCAGAGGGUGAGGACAACAUAGACGAGGAUAUGGAGGAGGACAGGGCGGGCCUGGGCCCACCUAAGCUGAGCCAUCGGCCCCAACCGGAGCUGCUAAAGUCUGCCCUGCCACCCCCCAGCACCGCUCCUGUGCCCCCACCUCCCCACCCGCACCCUCACUCCCACCCCGUGGCCCUGUCUCCUGCCCACCUCCCUGUACAGCAGCAGCAGCCACAGAAGACAACUUUGCCAGCCCCUCCUCCCCCACCGGCUGCCCCUGCCCAGACACUGGUGCCAGCUCCGGCCCACCUGGUGGCCUCAGCUGGGGGAGGCUCCACGGUCAUCGCGCACACGGCCACCACCCACGCCUCAGUCAUCCAGACUGUGAACCACGUUCUACAGGGGCCGGGUGGCAAGCACAUCGCCCACAUCGCCCCCUCGGCCCCCAGUCCUGCUGUGCAGCUGGCACCUGCCACAUCCCCCAUUGGCCACAUCACAGUGCACCCCGCUACCCUCAACCAUGUGGCCCACCUCGGCUCCCAGCUGCCCCUGUAUCCACAGCCUGUGGCGGUGAGCCAGCCUGUGGCGGUCAGUCACAUAGCCCACACCCUCUCGCACCAGCAAGUGAACGGCACCACUGGGCUGGGGCCCCCAGCCACUGUCAUGGCCAAGCCGGCUGUGGGCGCCCAGGUGGUGCAUCACCCCCAGCUGGUGGGCCAAACAGUGCUCAACCCUGUGACCAUGGUCACCAUGCCCUCCUUCCCGGUCAGCACACUGAAGCUGGCUUGA